AUGAAGCCUCCGGGUGCCCUUCACCCCCCACCGGUUCCUGCAGCCCAGCAAGUGCAGAACCAUGCCUUCCCACCCCGUGUCUUCCCUCCCGCCCCAGCCUUCCCUCCUCUUCCCAGGUCCUACACACUUCAGCUCUUCCAGACCACCACCUUCCAAAACACCACCUUGGUGGACACCGAGGGCCUGGGCCUGCUGCACGAUAUCGAACUGGGUUUUUUAGACAACCGCACCUGGAACAUCCACUUCCUGCAGCCGUGGGUGCACCCCGCCUUGCCGCAGAGCGACUGGGAUACCAUCAAUGCCAUGAUCAAAAUCUACCUGCAGAAGUUCCACCACUUGGUCCAAGAAGGUGCCGUAAAGAAGCGGGUACCAUACCCCUUCGUGGCCCAGUGCACCGCCGGCUGCGAGCUCUUCCCCAACAGGACCUCCAGGGGCUUCCUCUACGUCGGCUACAACGGCCAGGACUUCCUCAGCUACGACAUCGACAACGGCACUUGGCUUCUUUUGCAAGACACGGAGCUGUCGAGAUACGUUCAAGAAACGCUAAAAAACUACACCGCCUUCACUGAACUCAUACAAGUCCUCUUCAACGACACCUGCGUCGAUGACAUGGAGAUAAUACUCCACUAUGCGAAGGAGGCUCUGGAGAGACAAGUGAAGCCCGUGGCCGUGGUCUUCGCCCGGCCGUCCGGCCCAGGGAGCCUACUGCUCGUCUGCCGCGUCACCGGCUUCUUCCCCCGCGGCCCCCUCAAGGUACCAGCUGAUGGAUGCACCGGGCCCCAGAAGCUGAAUAACGAUCCUGAACUCGUGAAGACCAAACGAUCUCAACCUGCUUCCAUCAUCCGGGCUGGUGCAGCAUCUUCUCCUUGCUCCGGACCCAAGUCCCUUCGGGUGCUGCCGGAAGCGGGAAGAGCUCCGCAACGCCGCGCGGCGGCGGGGCAAGCUCAGGCGGCUCCCGCUUCCGGCAGCCACGAGCCUUGCCGAUUCGCUGCACCCCUAACGAACCGCGUUCACUCAUUGUGUGCCCCGACGAGCUUGUACUCAGCCUGA